AUGGGUACGACGGCGGUCGCUGUUCACAAUUCUGUCGACAGCCGUGAGGUUGAUGGAUCGUGUAUGGCACUGGCCGCGUCUAUUGCCAACAACUGCGCGUACGGGCUGCAGUGGCAAGGCGAAGUAGCUCGCUUGCAGCCAUUACCGUUUGUCAGACACUUUGUUGACACCGAUAACUGCUGCACUGUCAAUGCAGAUGUACGGGCCCAUCGGAGGUCUCGUAUCCAGAGACUUACAGCGCAUUUGUCCUCCUCCGCUUUGUCAGCAAUUUUUACUUGUUGCGACGGCGCGAGCUCGGUUGUGCCACUUCCAGCAAUGUGUGGCCUUGCCGUGGUGUCGUUUGAUACGUCAUGUUGUUUACGUGUUGGUGAUUGGUGCGAAGCAUGCUACAUUAAGGUAGAGUUCCAGGACAACUUGUCGUACCUUCCCUUGCAGUAUCUGCCGAAAGCAGUAUAA